CCGCCCCUAACCUCCCUCCCGUUGGGUCCUAGCGCCGGCCCCACUCCGAGUGUCCCGGGCUCUGCCGGUGCUGGGCACCGCCGCCGAAGCUGCGGGGCCUGCGGAAGUCGAACCAGAGGAGGCCCACCCACCAAGGCCAUGGAAGAGGAGGCUACUGAGGCCAAGUCCUCAGGCCCCUGCUACAAGCGCUCUGGACGCCGUUUCAAGUGCCUGUUGUGUACAAAGACGUUUCCAAAUGCUCCCAGGGCGGCGCGCCAUGCUGCUACUCAUACGCCUUCCGACUGCCCCGAGGAGGUGAAUGAGGUCCAGCCAAAGGCGGACGCAGAGCCCAAGGCCGAGGAGGCCAGUGGAGACAAGGUGUCUGGCUCGGCAGCCAAGCCCAGGCCCUAUGCCUGCCCACUGUGCCCCAAGGCCUACAAGACGGCUCCUGAGCUCCGCAGCCAUGGGCGCAGUCACACUGGCGAGAAGCCCUUCCCGUGCCCAGAGUGCGGCCGCCGUUUCAUGCAGCCGGUGUGCCUGCGUGUGCACCUGGCCUCCCAUGCUGGUGAGCUGCCCUUCCGAUGUACGCACUGCCCCAAGGCUUAUGGGACGCUCUCUAAACUCAAGAUCCACCAGCGUGGACACACCGGUGAGCGGCCCUACGCCUGCACCGACUGCGGCAAGAGCUUCGCUGAUCCGUCCGUGUUCCGCAAGCAUCGGCGCACCCACGCGGGCCUGCGGCCCUACAGCUGUGAGCGCUGUGGCAAGGCCUACGCCGAGCUCAAGGACUUACGAAACCACGAACGGUCCCACACCGGUGAGCGCCCCUUCCUCUGCUCUGAGUGUGGUAAAAGCUUCUCCCGAUCCUCUUCCCUCACGUGCCACCAGCGUAUCCACGCAGCCCAGAAACCCUAUCGCUGUCCGGCUUGUGGCAAAGGCUUCACGCAGCUCAGCUCCUACCAAAGCCACGAGCGCACGCACUCGGGCGAGAAGCCCUUCCUGUGCCCUCGCUGUGGCCGCAUGUUCUCUGACCCCUCGAGCUUCCGCCGCCACCAGCGGGCACACGAGGGCGUGAAGCCUUACCGCUGUGAGAAGUGCGGCAAGGACUUCCGGCAGCCGGCCGACCUGGCCAUGCAUCGGCGGGUGCACACGGGCGACCGGCCCUUCAAGUGCCUGCAGUGCGACAAGACUUUCGUGGCUUCCUGGGACCUUAAGCGGCAUGCAUUGGUGCACUCAGGACAGCGGCCUUUCCGCUGCGAGGAGUGUGGGCGGGCCUUUGCCGAGCGAGCUAGCCUCACCAAGCACAGCCGCAUGCACUCGGGCGAGCGCCCUUUCCACUGUAAUGCCUGUGGGAAAUCCUUUGUGGUGUUAUCCAGCCUCAGGAAGCACGAGCGUACCCAUAGAAGCAGUGAGACUACAGGAGCUGCCCCCCAGCAGGAGCUGGUACUAGGGCUGGCGCUGCCCGUGGGUGUCGUGGGGGAGGGCUCGGCUGCCCCUGUGGCCGGUGCAGGGCUAGGGGACCCUCCAGCAGGGCUGCUAGGGCUACCCCCGGAGUCCGGUGGUGUAGUGGCCACACAGUGGCAAGUGGUGGGCAUGACGGUAGAGCAUGUGGAGUGCCAAGAGGCUGGCGUUGGGGAAGCUGCUGGUACCCUGGGAGAUGCAGGAGGAGAGGUGGGGGGCGAGGAGGCCGAUGAGAAGCCCCCACAGUUUGUGUGCCGUGAGUGUAAAGAAACUUUCUCCACACUGACCUUGCUACGCAGGCACGAGCGCUCGCACCCGGAGCUCCGGCCCUUUCCCUGCACGCAGUGUGGGAAGAGCUUCUCAGACAGGGCGGGGCUCCGUAAACACAGCCGCACCCACAGUUCUGUACGCCCCUACUCCUGUCCCCAGUGCCCCAAAGCUUUCUUGAGUGCCAGCGACCUGCGCAAACAUGAGCGCACUCACCCUGUGCCCAUUGGGACCCCCAUUCCCCUGGAGCCUCUUGUGGCUUUGCUAGGAAUGCCAGAGGAAGGGUCAGCUUGAAGCUCAUAGCUCUCUGCACCACACUCCCAGGUGCCCAUUUCCAGUCUCCAGAUCCCUGCCGCUGGGCAUCUAGCUCAGUCCACUAAGAGCUGGGGACAGUGGAGGCUGGUAGCACUUGUGAGACACACUCAUUAAAGCGUUGGCUUUGACACCAA